AUGAAAACGAUUCAGAGUUUCGUCAAAAUCGUGCAUGCGCAGAGUGUCGCAGUGGAAAAUGAAUACGAUUUCAGUAAAAAACAAUGUUUGGAACUCACAGACGUAACGUUUUCAGGAUUUGAAGACAACUCGAACUAUGUAAAGAAGAUUUUUUUUGCACUGCACAUUAUGUAG